GUCCUGUUUCUUCUUCUACGGAAAUUUACGCGGCAUGGGUUUCUUUUUCCUGAUGUGGCUUGCAAAAACUUUGUCUCCGAUACAAACUACUAAGGAAUAAACGAAUAAAAAAGAGCUUUUGGAAAAGGAAUAGUCAAAAUGAGCGACGAUACAGACAACCCUCCUGAGAGGGAAAUGAAGGACUUUCAGUUUCGUCAGAUGAAGAAAGCAAGAGUUUUUGAGCCUGCUGAAGAUUUGCCAAAAGACAGAUCCAAUCUGCUCACCAUCUCAAACAAGUUUGGUUUAACUUUCGUGGGACUCGACAGAACAUUCAAAGUUUACAGAACUCAAGAUAUCUUGGGUGCCGACAAAGUUGAUGGCAACCCCAAUGAAAUAGUCAAAGGGAUACCUGCGCUGGCUGAGGUGACUGUGGAACUUGCUCUGCACCACUUGGCUCUCAGUUGCGAUGAACUCACUUUGUCGGUAUGCGGCAUGUCCCCUGAGGCCGGUUUGUCCCUCACAUUCUACGAUGUCCGCACCUUCGUGAACAGGGCAAGACCACAGAAGUUACCUUUCACGUCCCUGCAGCCACCUGUGCCGCCUGGCACUUCGGUGCAGGACCUGAAGUGGAAUCCCGUCCAGGCGUCCAUGUUGGCUGCCUGUCUGUCCGACGGCAGCAUGAUGAUUUUGGAUGUUGCAGACGCUGUCGCAGUGCAGGCCCAGCUGCCUGCUUCCAGCGGCAUCACGUGCAUUGGCUGGAGUCCGAAAGGAAAGCAAGUCGCUGCAGGAAAAAUGAAUGCUACAGUCUGUCAGUAUACACCAGCUCUAGAAGAAAAGAAAGUUAUCCCAUGUCCACACUUCUACACUUCUGACCAACCUGUCAAAGCUCUGGACGUGCUGUGGCUGAGAACGUUUGUGUUUGCAGUUGCAUAUGCAGCUGCAGAUGGGUCUCUUGAGACCCCUCCCGAGUUGGUGCUGAUCUCCCUCCCUAAAAAGGAUGAGAAAGUGGAGACAAAGUAUCUGAGCUUUGGUGAUAUUGUGUAUGGAAGCUGCACUGAGCGUCUGCACCACUAUUUCCUUAGUCAUGUAGAAGACUGGGACCUUGUGUUUGCGGCAUCAGCAGCUUCCAUCGAAGUCAGCGUCAUUGCCAGACAGGACGACAAGUUGUGGGAACUUUGGCUCCUUGAAGAUGCAAGUAGGGCUGAGCUUCCAGUGACUGAGACCAAUGAAGACACUUUGCCCCUUGGCUUAGCUAUAGACUACACCAGCCAGCAGGAGAUCCACAUCACUGACGAGAAGACCUUGCCCCCAGCACCCAUAAUGCUAAUGCUGUCAACCGAGGGAUUGCUCUGUCCGUUUGCUCUGCUCAACCUCAAUCCUGGAGUUAAGCAACUGGUUUCGCCUCCUACUGCUCUGACCUUAGAAGGGGAGAGGCUGCCCAAGCCAGGUCAGACGCCCAAAAUAAUUGCCGCCUCCACCCCGUCUAUUCCAGCAGCGUUCCCAAACCUCGGCCUUACUUCGUCAGCUGCUUCCAAACCUCUAGUCCCCGCUGCCUCUUCCUCCGCUGCCCCGUUCAGCUUUGCGCCGACGGCACCCGUGUCGUCGUCCUCGUCGGACUUCUCCUUCUCGAUGCCAGUUACCUGCGUGACCACUGCUCCCCCAGCCUUUUCCCUGGGUGGACCCGCACCUUUUGGCUCAGGCUUCUCUUUUGCCAAACCUCCCACGGAAACUCCCUCCGCGCUUUCAGCGUUUUCUUUCAGCAACAUGUCCGUCAAACCCACAGCGAUGGGAGCUCCAGCUCAAACUCAAGCUCCAGCUCAAACUCAAGCUCCAUCUCAAGUUCUAGCUCCAGCUCAAGCUCAGGCUCCUGCUCCGACACCUCAGAGCGUUGCUGCUGCCUCAUCAUCCGCAGUAAAGCUAAAUCUUAAUGACAGGUUCUCAGCUGUGGAGACUCCACCACCAGCUUACUCCUUUAAUUCCCCCAAAGCAAUAGUGUCCAGUUCCAGUAGUCUGGCCACCCCUCUACUCUCAGCUGCCAAGCCAUCCGCUGUAUUAACCCCAGUGCGCCCAGUUCAAACCAGUACUCCUCCCUCAGCUGUCCAGAAACCUGCACCUGCCGCCCAGACCCGUGUGCAAACCCCACAGGCAGCUGUUAGUGUGAAGGCCCUGGAGAAGCAGCUGCAGCAAAAGAAAGACUCAGAUCCCAUAAUGGCUGGUAUACUGGAGGAGAUUGCUCACUUCCAGAAGGAGCUAGAUGACCUCAAGGCUCGAAGUGCCAAAGCCGACUUUAAGGUGGGCACCUCUGAAGAGAUGAAGGAGCUGAGGAAAGAGUCUGAGGACCUGCACAUUUUCACCCUGGAGAUAAAGGAAACCACAGAGUCUCUACACGGAGACAUUGGCACACUGAAGACCACGUUGCUGGAGGGCUUUGCUGGGGCAGAAGAGGCCAAGACCCAAAGUGAACUGAGCAAAGACAGGAAUUACAGACAGCUGCUGUACAAAAAACCCCUGGAUCCACGCAGCGAGGAACAGCUCAAGGAGAUUCGCAGACUGUACCAGUAUGUGAUGUUUGCUGUGGAAGAUGUCAAUGAUGUCCUGGAUGUGGAAUGGGAGAAACAUCUGGAGAAGAAGAAAAAGCAGAAACACAUGGUGGUGCCUGGGCGUGAGGGUCUGUUCACGACACUGGCCAACAACCUGUACAUCAUCAACCAGCAGAAGAAUAGACUGGACCAGAUUAUUAGGGAACUCACUGAACUGCGCCUCUACAGCAAAACAGCCCCUCCUACAAUAAACCAAAAUACUGCUACGGCAGCAACAUCUGGAAUGGAGAGUGAGCUGGAGAGUUUAAGGAGUGCACUCCUGAAAGCCAGGCUGGACAGCACCCCACCUAAGACCAAACCCAAAUCUCCAGCAGCCAAGGUUUCACCGGUCAAACAGUCCCAGCUGCGCAACUUCCUCUCAAAGAAACAGAUGCCUCCUGUGCGCUCUACUGCACCAGCCAACCUGUCUCGUUCAGCCUUCCUUUCUCCUAAAUACUACGAGGACUUGGAUGAUGUGAGCUCCACCUCCUCCCUGUCCCAGUCCCUGGAUCCUCAUCCUGUUCACUUGGAGCUGGAAGAGGAGGAGCUGCAGCCACUACCCAUUACUGCCAUUCCCCCUUCGCUGGCCACCCCUCGGCACCCAACAGUCGUGAGGACCCCCUCUAUCCAACCAGGCUUCGGAGCCAUCCAGUCCACCCCUUUGACCAAGCUUCUCCCGGCGCAGGGUAUCGGAUUCGGUCUCAGCCCUAUUGCCAGUCCUGUUCCAACCAACAAGAUCAAUCUCAGUGGAGCUGAUAGCACAGCUCUUGCCACGAAGACAGUAAAGCAUGGAGCGCCACCAUCUGAGAGGACCAUACCUGUCACCAUCCCCGCCCAGCAGGCUGCAGCCACUGCUGCUCUACGUAGACAGAUGGCCAAUCAGAAGCUGGCUGAGGUCAGUACUUCGUUGACAGAGUCCACCUUGAAGAACGUUCCUCAGGUGGUGAAUGUUCAGGAGCUGAGGGACAAAGGGCCCCCGAUGCCAGUUGCUUCCAUCAUGAGCUCCGCUGCUGCAGAUCCAGCAGCUCAGAUCUUCGCACUUGCUUCCAACCAAGCCAAACGAAAUCCCACCCAAGGUGUCCCAAAGGUUUCCAAUGAAGGUGCACCCGUCCGGUCAAACUUUGUGUUUGGUCCGCCAUCCAAACCAGAUGCACCUCCGGCAAGCUCAGUAGAGCAAGGCAACAGCAAGGGAUUCGCCUUCUCUUCAACGCCGACAAGUUUCAGUUUUUCUUCAGUUUCACAAGGAGCUGGAAUACCACAAGUGAAAGAUGCGAACAAAUUCUCCUUUGGUGGAAAUAGCAAGAUGAUGUUCGGCCAGACUGGAGAGGAUCCAUUUUCCCUCACGCCAAAGUCUGGCUCUCCUGGGCUUGGCAGUGGUUCUCCCACUUUGGCUCCUAACACAUCAGGUGAAGCAGCCAAACACACCUCCACCCCAACUGCUCUGAGGACAGAGUUGCAGCCCCCGAAGACGGUCGGAGGAGAAACCCUGGGUUGUUUUUCUGGACUGCGUGUGGGGCAGGGAGAAGAAGCUAAAGAUUCCGCCGCCAAACCUGCAUUUUCCUUUGGAGAUGCUGGACUUGGCAUUGCCAAAGGAGCACAACAGUUCAGCUUUGGUGCGGGUGUCCAGAAAUCUGCAGAUGAUUCUACGGCUGCAGACCUGUCCAAAGGUGCAGCGUCGGGCAGUUUGUUCAAGCCUCCUGAACUGAAUGCCAAGCCAGCCUUCUCUGUCCCCCAGCCUGGCUCAGCUGUCUCAGCUUUGCCUACGUCUUUCAGUAGUCUUCUCGCAGCUUCCUCAGAUUCAUCCGAGGGGCCGAAAGCGCCAUCACAACCUUCAGAACCCACACCGCCACCUGAAAAAGAAACCACCGCUGACCCUGCUGCUGGGAGCGCCAGUCAUCCUUUACCCGUGCCUGUAAGUCAGCCUGCAACAGAGUCGGUCACCACAGAAGUCGCCGCAACUACAGCAACACCCGCUGCACCAGCACCUGCGCUUCCUUUGACCUCGAAUGCCCCAGCCUCAGAACCUCCUUCAACCAUUGCCGCACCGACUGCACCAACUGAAACAACCCCUCCACCACCACCAACCCCCAGUGCUCCUUCCACGAUAGAAACUAACCCAGAACCAUCUACCACUGUUCCUGCGCCCACUUCAGCUCCCGCCACCGCAGCGCCGGGUUCCCAGGUAGCUCCGACUGCCUUCCAGGUGCCCAAUUCCGACAAACCAGGCUCCAUUUUUACUUCUCCUGUAACAACAGACAGUAAUUCUCUUGGAGUCACGCCCGUUAUCAACACCGCUGCUCCUUCAGCCACGACUCCCACCACUACUGUUGUUAGCAGUGCAGCUACGGCUGCCAGCACUGUCUUUGGGCAAGCUGCUGCACCUCCAGCUUCCUCAGCCCCAGCAUCCACCGGAUUUGGCUCCACUGGGUUUGGUGCAACAACCGGAACAGGCUUUGGCAAAUCUGUGUUUGGCCAGGUGAGUGGAUUUGGCCAGCCUGCCAGCAACACCGGAACAUCUGGUGGCUUUUCUUUUGGCCAGUCUGCGUUUGGAGCAAGCUCCAGUAGUUCGACCACUGUAGGUCUUUUCGGUGCUCCUACUGCUACCAAUGCAAGUUCCUUCUCCUUUGGCCCGAGCCCCGCUAACACAGCCAGCAGCACUGGCUCAGGCUUGUUUGGACAAAGCACUGCCCCGGCAUUUGGCCAGAGCUCUGGAUUUGGACAAGGAUCUUUGUUUGGAAACAACACCACCACAUCUUCAUCUUCAGGAUUCGGCUUUGGACAGCCCUCAGGUUUCGGCUGCUCCUCUGCCACCCCUGUGUUUGGUCAACAGUCUAACAGCGGGAGUGUGUUUGGACAGCAGCAGCCACAGCAGCAGCAGCCGCAGCAACAGCAACAGCAGUCAUCCAGUGGAGGUCUGUUUGGUUCAAGUUCAGCCAACACAGCAGGCCAAACGUCUGGUGGAGGUUUCUUCAGUGGCCUCGGAGGCAAACCAAGCGAGGACGCUGCCAAUAAGAACCCAUUCGGCGCCGCUGGCUCCACCGGAGGGUUUGGGCAGCCUGCUCAGCCAGUUACCAACAGUCUCUUUGGGAAUAGCGGUGCCAAGGGCUUUGGUUUUGGACAGUCCUCAUUUGGAGAACAAAAACCAAGUGGUACCUUCAGCACAGGUGCAGGAAGUGUAGCGUCCCAGGGCUUCGGCUCCUUCUCUACGCCUUCGAAACAAGGUGGUUUUGGCAGCGCUCCAGUGUUUGGGAGUCCCCCAUCUUUCGGUAGUUCCCCGGCGUUUGGCGCCGCAGCAUCGUUUGGCUCGAGCCCCUCUUUCAGCAACCCCAUGGGCUCCUCAGCCGGGAAGGUGUUCGGAGAGGGCACGGCUGCUGCCAACAUGGGAGGAUUUGGAUUUGCCUCACCCCCCAGUGCCCCGUCCUUCGGUGCCCUAGCCAAUCAGAGCGCGCCAUCAUUUGGGAAUCUGGCCCAGCAGGGCCCUGGAUUUGGAAGUCAGCCCAGCAGCUUCUCUGGCUUUGGACAACAGCCACAGACAGGAGGGUUCUCCGGAGGCACUUUUGGGUCGACAAAUCAAUCAAGUCCCCAGACAUUUGCCAGCUGGAGAAGCUAGAUUCAGUACAACCUCCAGUCGAGCAUGUGACACGCAAUGACCUCUGACAUGCAUUUUCUUUACAAAGAAAAAAAAAAGAAUGUUUGUGUGAAUUACAACUUCGAGCAGCUUCUGAAGUUUACUCUGUUGCAUUUGCAGCAUUUAUUUCAAUUCAUGUGACCUCACUAUUUGCUUAGUGCUUCUGAUAGCGAGUGAAGACAAAGUGAAGUGAAGCUGCAAAAAGAUCUUUCAGGAUGUCUGUUGCUGGCUUAAUAUUUUUUUUUUACAAAAAUCAUUUUUUGUUAACAUUAUGUGUGAAAUGUGGUUCCCAGCACCGCUAUUCUCUAAUAUCCUUCAGCACUGUUUUACUGUCAGUACAGCUUUAAGUGGAUACAAAGUUGCAAAAAUUGUAGAAUGUAUUACAAUUAAAUAACAGUCUUUAAAGUUGGAACGGAAAAUGUAAAGAUUUUUGCAGUAGCUCUGCCACUUAAUGUGUAUUUUUACAUGAAAAUAAAUGAAAUUUCUCAAACUUA